AUAUUAAUGUAAACGUAAACGCGUACUGUCAGACGAAUAGUUGACAGGUUGCAUAUUAUGCUGUAAAGACACGACGUUACUUCAAAUAUCGACAAACUCCGUUUUUUUUAAAUCACUCCUCAAGCAGCGUCGCUCCGCCCUCAUCCUGGAGUCAUGUGACUGACCGUCGCCCAGGUUGUGUCGAAAGCAUCCUGGCGUUAGCAGUUAGCUAGCUGUUGACUAAAAUGCAAAGUGAGAUGUAAAUAUUUUCAUCAUGGCUGAAUCAAUAAGUCGAUUAUAGAGGAGACAACGAAGAUAAGGAUGUACCUAAAUUGCCCAUUUUAACACGAUCCGAUAACUGGUAUCUGUACAGGCCAAUUAAAAUAGCUAAGUAGACAUUAGCACUAGCUUACGUUCAAACUUUGACGGGCAGCUGUAGUAAUUCUCUUGCUAACGUUAGCUGUUUGCAAAUGUACCACCACCGUAGCGGCUAGCUAGGUAACUUGUCUAGUUGUAGCAGCUACAUUAAGCUCUUUACACACUGACUAAUGACGCGGUGCUCUGAGCAGCCGUUUGUGUAAAACUAGCUUUACCGUCAUUCAUAAGUAACGUAGUAAGAGUCGGCUUGUGAAUAUAAAUAAUGGCUGAUAUUGUUUUUGUGUUAAUGCUGACGAUUGUCACCUAACUAGUUGGUUACUUAGUUGGUUACUAGUAAAUCACUUUACUAGUUGGUUGAGCGACUAACGUUACUUAAAACGUUGCAUCUUGACUCCAGCUAAUGGUGAAGCACAGUUAUCAGUGAAGUGAGAAGCUUCAUCUUUCCCGAUCUAUUUCGUCCCGUCUCAUGAGCUAAAUAAUGCAGAAAACAGGAUGUCAAACGCCUCGGGAUUAACGGCCACAGCAGCAUUGUGUACAAAACACAGCUGUCCAGUCAUUUCCAUAAUCCCUGCCUUCUUUACAAUGCAGCCAUGCUAGCGUUAGUUCGUUGCUGAGCGCGUAGUGUGGUAUUUUGUUUGAUCCAACACUUUCCUCACCACGUCAACGUAAAACCUUCGUAUAGGUUUUAGUGUACCUUACUUUAAGUUAUGUCUGGGGACGCAUCUGAUAGCAGCGAUGACUCCGACGCAACAAAUGAACGGGCCUGCACUGUUAAGCAUCAAAUCACCAAUGCAAACUUCACAGGGCACACUGAAAGAGUUGGCAUGGAGAACUUUGAGCUACUCAAAGUCCUGGGAACUGGAGCUUAUGGAAAAGUGUUUUUAGUCAGGAAGAACAGCGGCCAUGAUGUGGGCCAGCUAUAUGCUAUGAAGGUGUUGAAGAAAGCAGCUAUAGUUCAAAAGGCAAAGACAACAGAACAUACCCGCACCGAGAGGCAGGUGUUAGAGCACAUCCGCCAGUCUCCGUUCCUGGUCACCCUGCACUAUGCCUUUCAGACGCAAAGCAAGCUGCAUCUAAUUCUGGACUAUGUGAGUGGCGGGGAGAUGUUCACCCACCUGUACCAGCGAGAUCACUUUUCUGAGGAGGCAGUACGGAUUUAUAUUGGAGAAAUCAUCCUGGCACUGGAGCACCUGCACAAGCUUGGGAUUGUGUACAGAGACAUCAAAUUAGAAAACAUUCUUCUAGACAGCGACGGCCAUGUGGUGCUGACAGAUUUUGGACUCAGUAAAGAGUUUCUGGAGGAAGAGAAAGAAAGAACCUACUCGUUUUGUGGCACUAUUGAGUACAUGGCCCCUGAAAUCAUCAGGGGGAAGACCGGCCAUGGCAAGUGUGUAGAUUGGUGGAGCCUUGGCAUCCUGAUGUUUGAGCUACUGACAGGAGCAUCUCCUUUUACCCUGGAGGGAGAGAGAAACUCCCAAAGUGAGGUGUCAAAACGUAUUCUGCGCUGUGAUCCACCAUUCCCCUCCAUGAUCGGAUCCACUGCUCAGGACCUGCUGAAGAAGCUGUUAGUGAAAGAUCCUCAUAAGAGGCUGGGCUCUGGACCGCGAGGGGCUGAAGACAUCAAAGCACAUAACUUCUUCAAGGGACUGAACUGGUCUGACUUGGCACAGAAGAAGGUGCCAAGUCCAUUCAAGCCAGAGUUGAAGAAUGAACUUGACGUGGGCAACUUUGCUGAGGAGUUCACUGGGAUGGAGCCUGUGUACUCUCCAGCGAGCACGCCUCCAAGCACAGACCGCCUGUUCCAGGGUUACUCUUUCAUUGCUCCCUCCAUCCUCUUCAAUAAGAACGCGGUCAUGGGAGAUUUUGUUGAAACCCAGAUUGGCGCUGAUCGACCAGGUUCAGCCUCUGUUCAGCGCAGUGCAAUGUUAGAGGAAUCACAGUUCUUUCACCACUAUGAGCUGUAUCUGCAUGGACCACCUCUAGGAGAGGGUAGUUUCUCUGUGUGCAGAAAAUGCAAACACAAGCAAAAUGGCCAUGAGUAUGCAGUCAAGAUCGUGAGCCGCAGAAUGGAGGCAAACAGUCAGAGGGAGAUUGCUGCUUUGAGGCAAUGUGAGGGCCACCCCAACAUCGUCAAGCUGCAUGAAGUGUAUACUGAUCAGUUUCACACAUAUCUUGUGAUGGAGCUUCUGCGAGGUGGAGAGUUGCUGGAGAGGAUCAAGAAGAAGAAACUCUUCGGUGAGGCAGAGGCCAGCCAGUUGUUACAGAGCCUGGUCUCCGCCGUCAGCUUCAUGCACGAGGCUGGAGUCGUGCACAGAGACCUCAAACCAGAGAACGUGCUGUUUGCAGAUGAGGGCGAGGACUCGGUGCUGAAAGUAAUAGAUUUUGGGUUUGCCCGCCUGUGCCCCGCUGGCAGUGCCCCCCUGCAGACGCCUUGCUUCACUCUGCAGUACGCGGCGCCUGAGCUGUUUGAAAGCGCCGGAUACGACAAAGCCUGUGAUCUCUGGAGUCUUGGGGUCAUCCUGUACACCAUGCUGUCCGGCCAAGUGCCGUUUCAGAGUGAGCAGCGUGGGGUGACGUCGUCAUUCGCUUCUGAUAUCAUGCAAAAAAUAAAAGAAGGAGAUUUCUCACUUGAUGGAGAUGCCUGGAAAGGUGUAUCGGACGACGCCAAAGAGCUUGUUAAAGGCCUGUUGACAGUGGACCCUGAGAGGCGUCUGAAACUCUCAGACCUGAAGGAGAACAGCUGGCUACAGGGUGGAGCAUCCAUGUCCACCACCCCUUUGUGCACCCCAGAUGUGCUUGAGUCCAGUGGUCCUACUGUUCGCACCUAUGUCAACGCCACUUACAAGGCUUUCAACCUUGGUAAGAGAGAAGGCUUCUUUCUGAAAAGUGUCGACAAUGCUCCCCUUGCAAAACGACGGAAGCUGAAGAUGACAAGUACAGGCGUAGAGACACGGUGGAGCUCGUCCUCUUCUUCCUCCUCUUCCUCCACUUCCUCCUCUGCCUCUGCAACAGCAUCCAAAGCACAGCCAAAGCAAACUGUGGCCCCAAAGCAGAGCUAACCAAGACGGCAGCGGAGAGAACGUGGGAAUGUGAAGUGGCAUGUGCUUAUACUGGCAACAUGAAAUCCUCCAGGGUUGAUAGAGUUCCAAAACCUCCUCCUCCCAAACACAAAAAGACUGGUUUAACUUAGUAAGAUUUCAAUACACCAUCCCCAAAACCAAACCUGUGUUUUCCUUGAACGGAUGGAGGGAGAGAUGAUAGUGUUUAGUUUGGCAUCUUUGCAUCAUACAGAAGUCAGUGGCCUUUAAAAGGAUUACUUAUUCAGUAUUUACUGGUGAUAUCACACACUAAAAGUAUUGGAAAAUUGACACAUUUACCUAUUUUCACUGUGGGUAAGAACUAGUGCCUGGCUAUUUAGGGAAAAAGGGAAAAAAGGAGCCAUAAAGUACAAGCCAUAUAUACAACAAAGCAGUGAAUCUGAAAUUUGAGCCGCUGUGAAUACACACAAAGUUGCACAUCGCAAAAAAACAGUCCUUCCAGCAAUUUGAAGACCUAAGCUCUGAUUUAUAUGUAGGUGCAGGCAUAUAUCGAUUGGCAACAAAACAAAAGCAAAUGUGCGAUUGGUUCAAGAUGUUUUGGUUUUUUGAUUCGGUUGGAAAUCGAUCCGUCUAUUUGCACUAUCUGCAGGGAAUGCGACUCAUCGCUCUGUCAAACGAGCAGAUAAACGCUUGUGUGUUUUAUCCCAGAGAUUCCAUAGGGAAAGCUACACUGUAGUGGGAAUCUUCAGCAUUUGACGCAGGUUUAACGAGGUGUAGAUCUUAGGUCCAAACGGUGCUGCCUUUGCAGAGCGCCAGUACACUACCAACUUUAGAUGGCUUUAAAUACGUGUUCUCAGCAUCGGUUUGACUUGACGUGGUCCCAGCACUAACUAAUUGUCCAACUGUAACACCUGUAAAAAAAAAAAAAGAGUUAAAGGCACAGGAGCAGCCACGAUAACACAAUGCGAUUCUUCUUGUUAUACUUGCUGUAAAUGACUCCCAUUACUGUGGCGGUCUGAGGAAGUUUAGCAUGCUCAUCCAUACAGAUGAACUAUAGGAAUGUUUUUCUAUAUCUUGUUGUCUUGGGCUUAUCGGGGAAAUGUCAGCCAGAAUGAUUGUCACGCUACCGAGUGCCGCUCUAGUGUUUGCAUGUUGAUCGGAGUGAAAUCCAUUUAGAUGAUUUUGCGUCCCCGUCGCCUGGGGCCUGUGAAUUUUUAAAGGGUAUUACUGUUUUGUCGGCCCAUCAGACCAGCACUAUACGCGGCUGCCACGAAUACAAUCUGAUUUGAUACAGUAAAGUAUUUUUGCUCAGGUUGCUGCCGCCUGAGCUGUAAAGAUCACACACUUGUCUUUUUACAGAAGUAGUUUUGAAACGUUGUAUAGCUUUGCAAUUCAAGUUCUAUUGCAGACACUUAAUCAUGACUUUAAAGCGACUCUUUCUAGAGCGUCCUGCGAGAUCCGUGUAAAUAUUCAUCUUUGAUCAAGAGCAAAAAAAAACCCAGAUGGUUGUAAUGAUUUAAAUUUGGCAAAUGUUUUAUUGGUAAUUAAGUCUUUUGAUGUAAUUCUGUUUUUCUGUGACUCUUUUUUACUUGUUGCACACUCAGUUGAUCAGUUAAACGCAUUUCAGCUUUAAAGGAGCUUUCACUGAUAUUUAUUACAUGGAAUUGAUUUUAAUGCUGUCGUAAUAGGAUUCUGAUCAUUUGGCUCUUGUCUGUCGUGUGGCUGUGAGAGCACGUGUGGCCCUGGGAGAUUGGUUAUAUUUGUAUUUUCGUGCCAGAUGAAGCAUUAUUGUUAGUUACUGUAUUAUUUUCUUUGCCGCCUUUGUCUGAUUAAUGGUUACUGGUUGUUUGUGUUUGAACAUUUUUACUUAAACUGUGCUUUUAUUUGGUGUUGAUAUUUUUGGAUGUUGUAAAUGAUAUUUUUCUUUACUGGUUUGCCGAGAUGCACUGUCGUUGAUGUUGUAACUGGCAAUUUAUCUUUGACACCAAGAAUUUUUUGGUUGGUGCAAAAUAAACAUUACUUUUAAUUA